GAGUACUCUGUGGACGUCGUCAUGCCGUAUUGCAAUGAGCCUUUGGACGACCUCUUAUCGAAAAAGACGGGCUACGAGGAGGAUUGGCUCGUCUCUCCAGUGCCAUUAAGGCAUGCUCGUCUGCUUCUGUAUCGCCUGGAGGGCUGCGUAGGAGAAGCUGGCCCUGCUUCGCUACCACCACGGGCAGCGAAGGUUGCUGAGCUUUUUUCUUCCCUCGAGGUCAUUCCUGUUGCUGCUAGUCCCAAUGCUUGGGAAUCUGCCAGGUACUUCUUGCACAUGGCGCGCAGGUACGAUGUGCUUGCCGACUUCACCAUUGUGCUUCACCCGGACGUCUUUGAGCAUGUCAACCCGCGAACUCUGCGCAAUGUGCUGCAGUCCAUUCGUGUUGGCAGCUUUCGGCAAGCUGCUGGGCAGCUUGGCAGCUGGCAUGAGUAUUUGUCUCUUUCGCACCACUAUCUGAUGCGGCCCUCUCGUGCGAGAUUUGCAUCCACCAACUGCACAGAUGUGGAUUUGGGCUUCCGCGACCUUUGGUGGCGGCUGUUUGGAGAUGAGAAAGGCAAUCUCACCGAGACUUCGGACUUCGGCUUCUACUGCUGCUCACAGUUUCUGGUCCACAAGGAUGCUGUACGACGGCGACCAAAGUCCUGGUAUGAGGCCGCUGUCGACAGCGUCGCCUGGGAGCAUUGUGCAACUAGCUACAUGGAGUUGCUUUGGCAUGGAAUCUUCUCUUCAGGCGAGCUCCAUGAGCGGAAGCGACAGGAGAGAGCGGAGCUCCCCUUGUUCCUCAAGGUGGAUAACUUCCUUGAGUCGACAUCGGACGGCCUGGUGUAA